UAUCCUUAAGAGUGAUUGGAUGGGCUGAGUCUUUAAAAAUCUGGAUUGCGUUGAAGACAAUUUUAGUUAAUAUUUGUCGAGGAAGAAGAACACUCCUGUGCCGCAACUGAAGUCAUGAGUGGAUGUCCGUACUUUGAGAAGAGGCAUUUGUUAUUCAAAAACAAGCCUCCCAAAACAGAGGAAGAUGAGGAUGCCUCUCAGGCAGGCGUUAACAAGGCCAGUAAAGGAGGAAUCAUCUAUGGGGACUACCUGCAGCUCGACAAAAUCGUCUCAGCCCAGGUGUUGCAGAGUGAAGUAAAAGGCAAUAAAAUCCAUGAUGAGCACCUCUUCAUUGUCACCCAUCAAGCAUAUGAACUGUGGUUCAAACAGAUUUUGUUUGAACUUGAUUCAGUGCGACAUCUCUUCAUCAGUGAACAUGUCAGAGAUGAACGCAACAUGCUGAAAGUCAACAAUCGCAUCCACAGGAUUGUGAUGAUCUUUAAGCUGUUGGUCGACCAGUUUGCGGUUUUGGAAACAAUGACAGCAUUGGACUUUUUUGACUUUAGGGAAUACCUGGCUCCAGCCUCUGGAUUCCAAAGCCUUCAGUUUCGGAUCUUGGAGAACAAAAUCGGGGUCCCGGACAACCUGAGGGUUCCAUACAACAGACGCCAUUACAGAGACAAUUUCAAGGGUCAUGAGAGUGAGAUGCUGCUCGCCACUGAACAGGAGCCAACACUUUUAAAACUAGUCGAGGAGUGGCUGGAGAGAACUCCUGGCUUGGAGGUGGACGGAUUCAAUUUCUGGGAAAGGCUGGAAAUCAAUAUUUUUGAUGGGCUGAAUCUGGAAAAGGAGAAAAUCGAGAAAAUGGAAGAUUCUGAGGACAAGGAAGAAAUGAUGGCUGAACUGGUCAAACAGAAAGAACUGUUUACUUCUCUCUUUGAUGAAAAGCGUCAUGACCAUCUCCUUAGCAAAGGUGAGAGGCGGCUCUCUUACAAGGCUCUCCAAGGUGCCCUGAUGAUCAACUUCUACAGGGAAGAGCCGAGGUUCCAGGUUCCUUUCCAGCUGCUCACAUCUCUCAUGGAUAUUGACACCCUCAUGACAAAAUGGCGAUACAAUCAUGUAUGCAUGGUGCAUCGUAUGAUUGGCAGCAAAGCCGGCACAGGGGGUUCAUCUGGCUACCACUACCUGAGAUCUACUGUCAGUGACCGCUACAAAGUGUUUGUGGAUCUGUUCAAUCUGGCAACGUUCCUGGUGCCUCGCCACUGGGUGCCCAAGCUAAAUCCCACCAUUCAUACGUUCCUCUACAUGGCCGAAUGUUGUGACAGCUCCUACUGCAGCAGUGAAGACUCAGACUAGGGGGAUCAAUCUCAGUCGUCUGUCCUGGCUUACUUUUUCAUCGUAACUGACAUCAAAAGAGUAGAUCCAUUGCACAGCUGAAAGGUUUUAGUAACACGUGCAUAAAGUAGGAGGAUGAAGAAAACUCUUAAAACACAGGAAGAUGGAAUGUUUGGAGCAUCUCUGUGUUUUUUUGUUUGUUUGUUUUUUACAGUUGAAAAAAGAUGUUGGAGUGAAGCAUGGCACAGGGAGGGGUCAUUUGACAUAGUUGACAAUCUAAACCACCAAAAUAUCCAUUAGGGAGAGACACUUGAUACCAUGAUGGUAUUAUUGGUUGGGAUUUAAAGAAUGUUAGCAUUUGGAUUGUGACAAGUAGAAAAAAAAAAGAAAGAAAAAUAGAUUUUUCAUCUCAUUGUGACACUAAAAGCAUGCCAAAUAUCCUACACUUAUGUUAACAAAGAACAGAACAGCAAAUUACUAGCUCAUUAGUUACAUCAGACAGCAGCACCAAGGUUUAUACGCCUCUUGUGUCUGACCCUGAACAAUUCAAAUGGCCAAAUUAGACUAUUUUAUUUUAAUUUCUAAUCGUAACCGGUGACAAAGUAUAGCAGAUGGCUCCUUGAUUAAAUUAGCUUUGAUGUUUUUUUUUCAAUACAAUUAUGUACAUUCCCUGUGACUGACCUGAAAGCAAAUGGAUCAGUGAGAGCAGUGAUGAAACCGGUGGCUAUGAUGGGUUUUUACAAACGCAUUAUUUUUCAAGUCAGCAUGGGAAAUGUGUCAGAGAGCCAUUUUAGACUAUUGGGAUGUGUGUACAUACAAUUAUAAUAAAGCUCUGUAUAAACAAUGUCAACAUCUACAAUGGAACAAUUUGCACAGCAUAAUGCAUUUGUACAUAAUGUUAAUAAUGUAGUUCUGUAAUGUUUUGUAUAGUAUGCUUUAUGGUAUUACAUUAAUUGUACAUAAAUUGUUGUGUAUUUAUGCAAUGAUUGAUCUCUGUAUAGAUACAUGUAUGAACCAUAUCAGCCAAAACAUUUAUCUAUCUUAUGUAUUUAAUAAGUAAUAAAAAAAUUUUGUACAGUGCAUUUAUUCCUAUCAUUAUAGUUUGUCGAUCACUCAGGUAUGAUCCAGCACUUAUCAGCAUCUAAAGUGAUUUAUUUUGUUUUAGUGAUGUAACAUUGUGACAUUUCAAUAAAAAAUAAAA